ACCUGGGACCCUUCAGUCCUCAGGCCAACAUUCUAACCAUUGAGCCAAAGUGGCUAGGCAAACAGUAAAUAUUUUAACACUCAUUCUAAGUCAACAGGCUUUACCAAACUAGAUACUAAAAUUACUCUCUGUUGUUUUGAAAUAGAACAUAUAAUAUAAUAUUUAAAGGAAUUAUUUAGAAAAAGAGAAGCUUGGGAUUGAAUUUUCUGUUAUCAUGAAUUUUCAGUUGUUUGCUUUAUUCCUACUAAGGAUGAGAUUGAUCUGCUUUACCCACAUAAUGGCUGCAUUUUCUUUUUCCACUUUGCCUACAAGUCCAAUGGUGAGACUAUGUAGAGUUAAUUUAUGAUGGGUCUUAAAGGAGGAGGAGAGGAAAGGCAGAGGGGAAAGUGAAGUCCAGGCUGGAAGAAUGAGCAGCGGGAGCGAUGGCAAUGGGAAGGAAACAGGAUAGUGUGCUCCGCAGCCACGUGCUGUCCCGUGGGUGUGGGUGCUGACUGACAGCAGGCAACCCCCACACCUGCAUUGUUCUAGUCCUGUAACAGCAGGGUAGAGACUUGUCCAAAGGAAGGAGAGAGUGUGCACUGAAGGACAGGAUUUCUUCAUGGGAUGGGGUGAGGCUCAGUCUCCAUUGUGAGACUAGGGUGGAGGCACCGAGGCAUUUCGUUCAGGUAAACAGUGAGGAGCAAUGGGAAGGCAUUUAGUAGUUGAAUGGUGCUUCAGAGUCAUUUUAAGUAAAAUAUAUAGUAUGAAUCUACAUUUAAAAGCACGGGUGGAAAAGGGAAUGGUGGAAGAAAAGAACUGUUUAAGUGGAAGAGUUUGGUACUCCUUUGCCAAAACACUAUUAUUUGCAAAUAGGGGAACCAAUGUUCAUCUCCCAGGUGGUUGAGAAAUUUAACUUGGCAGGAACAGUGUCUGAUGAUGCUCUUUGGGUGGUUAACACCGGAAUAGCCCCAAGGUCCCCUAAUCUCAACUGUUAGCAACUUGUGGCCAGGAUUCAAGUAAAGCUUUAAAGUCUUAUCUGUAUCAGGGUAUGAAGCUCGAACUUGUUCCUGUGACCCCAACAUUCUGUGACAGGCCCCACGGUGGGUGCUGGAGGAGGAGAAGAGGCGCUGUCACCUGAUACCAAAGUCACAGGGCCAGGAUCCCUGCCAUUCAGAUCCCCCAGGACUGGAGCUGAGCGCGGUAGGGCGGGGCAGGAAAGCUUUGCGGAGGAGCUUUAUUUUCCUUGUCAGCUCAGUCAUUUUUUCCCCCUCAUUGAAGCAGUGUAUUUGAGAGUGGAGGCUGCCUUAUGCCCUGUGGGUCACCCUGGGAGAGCCGAGGGACCAGGUGAUGUAUAUAUCACUGCCCUGAGCAGCGAGAGGGGUGUGAGUGCCACAGCCAGUCAGAUUUCUAGCAGGAAACGCAUGCCUGCCAGAAUGCAUCAUUUCAACUUUGCCUUUCAUUGUGCUAAUUCCCUGAAUGGCAAUAACAAGGGGCGGAGAGGGAAGGAGAGGCAGGGAAAUAGGAAAUGAAAGAAGAGAGAUCUGAGAAACUAAAUCUGCAGGGGAGAGCGGUUAGCAGAGUUUUAGUGAAACUGCUCUCUCGGCAGAUACAAGCCCGGAAGCAGAGGGAGGGAGCAAGGUUGGGCGUAAGAACCUGCUACUGGGAUUUAGACAAAGGCGUUCUGAGAGAGGCAGAGAACGGGGCGGGACCAGUUGCUAAUGUCAGCACGAGGACAGAGCCUGCAGCUGGCCUCCCGGCAUGAAACGGAAUAAAUUCCCAGCGUCUCCUUCAGGGUGCCAAUAGCUGGAGCAUGUACCAAGAUAAGAACUCAGAGGAAAAAGUAAGUUUGGGAAAAGACUCACAGAUUUCCACCGUCUUUGAAAUCCUGCUCUUCUGUGAGGCAUGUCUUCAUCGAUGCGUUACCUUUUUAUAGUUUCUGUCUCCUGUGUCAUCGUUUUUAUUGUGUUCUAUGUGUUCAUGUUUGGGGGAGAGCAAAGCCUCCAGAGGCUGAAUAAUUCGGACACGCUGAUGCUGACUCAAGUUUGCGCAUCCUUUAUCAAAGGCAAGACACCUUUCCUGUGGAGGGACAAACUGAUGCUAUAUCAGAAGCCUUCCUGCCGAGACUAUCUGGCCCAGAGCCACUACAUCACAGCCCCGUUAUCCGAAGAAGAGUCUGGGUUCCCUUUGGCCUAUGUCAUGGUCAUCCAUCACAACUUCGAUACCUUUGAGAGGCUCUUCAGAGCGAUCUACAUGCCCCAAAACGUCUACUGCAUCCAUGUGGACGAGAAGGCCACAGCUGCCUUUAAAGAUGCGGUGGAGCAGCUGCUGAACUGCUUCCCCAAUGCCUUUCUGGCCUCCAGGAUGGAGCCGGUUGUCUAUGGCGGGAUCUCCAGGCUGCAGGCGGACCUGAACUGCCUGAGGGACCUGGUGGCCUCCGCGGUCCCGUGGAAGUACGCCAUCAACACCUGCGGGCAAGACUUCCCCCUGAAAACCAACAAGGAAAUAAUCCAGUAUCUGAAAGGAUUCAAAGGGAAAAACAUCACCCCGGGGGUGCUGCCCCCGGCGCAUGCCAUCGGCCGGACUAAGUACGUCCACCGUGAGCACCUGGGCAAAGAGGUUUCCUACGUGAUCAGAACCGCCGCUCUGAAGCCGCCUCCCCCCCACAACCUCACCAUCUACUUUGGCUCGGCCUAUGUGGCCCUGUCCAGAGAAUUUUCCAACUUUGUGCUCCAGGACCCCCGGGCUGUGGACCUGCUCCAGUGGUCCAAGGACACCUUCAGUCCCGAUGAGCAUUUCUGGGUGACGCUCAAUAGGAUCCCAGGUAUGUGA